GCAGUAGCUCUGAGUUAGCUUAACGCACACCUCCAGGGUACCUGGUCCCAGCGCCCACAGUUCCCAGCCCGCCGGGCCCCGCCUCCUCGGAGGCCGGGAGAUGGGCGGGGAGGGGAACGAGCUAGUAAAAGGGAGGUUGGCUAAGGACCGGGCUGCCUGUGCCCGCGCGGUCUGGUGCCCUCAGCCCCACACGGCAGAGGAUUCAUCUGCGCGGGGUCUCAUCGCGCGGGGUAGCCCAGAUGGGGAAACUGAAGCCUGGACACCGAGGAGGACUUGGUUAUCUCGGUUUUUAAAAACAACACACCUGGUUCAGUACAAAUCAGGACCUUCUUGGAGACUCAUAGACUAAGUUGAAAUUUUUUUUCCUGGAUUGGUGAAGACACUGAAAGGACAGAGGGAGGACCAGGGCCUUGCCCAGAAUCACACGGCAAGCCGUUUGCAGAGCUAGGUCUUGUACUCCCAAACUCCUACCAGAAUGGCCCUUUCCUUGCACGGACUGGGGACAGCGGUUUGGAGAAACCUUUUGACCCAGAAGGCACUAAGAGCUAUUCCAGAAUGGAAUGGCAGGACAUGAGGAGGACACUCGGAGGAGGCUGGCCUGACGGUGGGCAGUGAGGAGAGUGUCCCACACAGGCUGCCCUGAGGAAUGAAGACCUGCUGUGUGUAUCCACCAUUCUGAUCGGCUUACUCAGGGAGGCUGGCGCAGCUGUCUGCAGAAAUGUCUUCGGAGAGUGCAGAGCAGCAUGGCCUCGCGCCCAAGGACUCGGUGGAAGGAAAUGGCCAGGACAGCCCUCCGUCUAAGAUCCGCGCGGAGCCUGAGAAGGAGUCAAGUACUGACUUCCAGCAAUUUAAGACCACUGAUCCAUGCAGACAUUAUCCUAGGAUCCACGUGGAACCUCAAGAGAAACCAAACACCAACUUUAAACAAUUCAUCAUCAAAAAACUGAAGAAGAGUUGCCAGUGCAACCCAACCAAAGCAAAACAUACGAUUUUUGGCUUCCUUCCUGUUUUGCGGUGGCUCCCAAAGUAUGAUCUGAAGACAAACAUUUUAGGAGAUGUGAUGUCUGGCUUGAUUGUGGGCAUCUUACUGGUGCCCCAGUCCAUUGCUUAUUCCCUUUUGGCUGGCCAGGAGCCGAUCUACGGCCUGUAUACCUCUUUUUUUGCCAGCCUAAUUUAUUUCCUGCUGGGGACUUCUCGUCACAUCUCUGUGGGCAUUUUUGGAAUACUGUGCCUUAUGAUUGGUGAGGUAGUUGACCGAGAGCUGAACAAAGCGGGCUAUGACACAGCCCAUAGCGCCCCGUCUUUAGGGGCAGUUUCCAAUGGGAGCGCCUCAUUGGCCCCGAUGUCAGACAGCAUAUGUGACAGAAGUUGCUAUGCAAUUAGAGUGGGCAGCACCGUAACGUUUAUGGCUGGAGUUUAUCAGGUAGCGAUGGGCUUCUUUCAAGUGGGCUUUGUUUCUGUCUACCUCUCAGAUGCCUUGUUGAGUGGAUUUGUCACUGGUGCCUCCUUCACCAUUCUUACGUCUCAGGCCAAGUAUCUCCUUGGGCUCAGCCUUCCUCGGAGUAGUGGGGUGGGCUCACUCAUCACUACUUGGGUACAUAUCUUCAGAAACAUCCAUAAGACCAAUAUCUGUGAUCUCAUCACCAGCCUGUUGUGCCUUUUGGUUCUUUUGCCAACCAAAGAACUCAAUGAGCACUUCAAGUCCAAGCUCAAGGCACCCAUUCCUACUGAACUCAUUGUCGUCGUGGCAGCCACAUUAGCCUCUCACUUUGGAAAACUGAAUGAGAAAUACAAUACCAGUAUUGCUGGACACAUUCCCACUGGGUUCAUGCCCCCUAAAGCACCGGACUGGAACUUAAUUCCUAGUGUGGCUACAGAUGCAAUAGCUAUUUCUAUCAUUGGUUUUGCUAUCACUGUAUCACUUUCUGAGAUGUUCGCCAAGAAACAUGGCUACACGGUCAAAGCCAACCAGGAAAUGUAUGCCAUUGGCUUUUGCAAUAUCAUCCCUUCCUUCUUCCACUGCUUUACUACUAGCGCAGCUCUUGCAAAGACGUUGGUUAAAGAAUCAACGGGCUGCCAGACUCAGCUUUCUGGUGUGAUGACAGCUCUGGUUAUUUUGUUAGUCCUCCUGGUAAUAGCCCCUUUAUUCUAUUCCCUUCAGAAAAGUGUCCUUGGCGUGAUCACAAUUGUAAAUCUCCGGGGAGCUCUACGUAAAUUUAAGGAUCUGCCCAAGAUGUGGAGGGUUAGCAGAAUGGAUACAGUUAUCUGGUUUGUGACUAUGCUGUCCUCUGCACUGAUAAGCACUGAAAUUGGCCUGCUUAUUGGAGUUUGUUUUUCUAUGUUUUGUGUCAUCCUCCGUACUCAGAAGCCAAAGAGCUCAUUGCUCGGCCUGGUGGAAGAGUCUGAUGUUUUUGAAUCCAUGUCUGCUUACAAAAACCUGCAGGCUAAGCCCGGCAUCAAGAUUUUCCGCUUUGUAGCCCCUCUUUACUACAUAAAUAAAGAAUGCUUUAAAUCUGCUUUGUACAAAAAAACUCUCAAUCCAAUCUUAGUAAAGGCAGCUCAGAAGAAGGCAGCAAAGAGAAAGACCAAAAAGGAAGCAGUGAGUCUUGGUGCAACCCAGGAUGAAGUCUCAGUGCAACUUUCCCACAAUCCCUUGGAACUCCACACCAUAGUGAUCGACUGCAGUGCAAUCCAGUUUCUAGACACAGCAGGAAUCCAUACGCUCAAAGAAGUUCGCAGAGAUUAUGAAGCCAUUGGCAUCCAAGUCCUGCUGGCUCAGUGCAAUCCCUCUGUGAGGGAUUCCCUGGCCCGGGGACAGUACUGCCAGAAGGAAGAUGAAAACCUUUUUUAUAGUGUACACGAAGCGAUAGCUUUUGCAGAAGAAUCUCAAACUCAGAAAGGAGUAUGUAUUCCCAAUGGUCUGAAUCUAGUGACCAACUGAAUAGGUGGAAGGAAGAAGAAUGGCCAGCCAGUAGCAACGUGCAUACUUGAAAUUGUAACUUAUGGGCUGGGCGUUAUUCUUCUUUCAAAGCUGAUGGCCUUUGUACAUACACAAAUGUAGCAGAGCUUAUAGUGAAGCAGGAUCAAGAAGAAACUAUUGUGGUGUUGAGCUCUCUUGCAGAGAGCCGGUAUUGUACUUAAAUAUCUGUUGAAUUGGACUGUGAAGUAGCCCUAAAACUUAACAACCACCCUCUCUUAGUAGAUAUGCUUUUGGACUCUUCCUUCUCCAGAAGUGAAAGGGGUAAAGUUGGUGUUUACGUGAGACAGGAUUUUGCUCUUUGGAGAGUGGAAAGGCGGCAGGGAAAGGGCGUGGUUCCUGCUUUUGUACCAGCAGAUCAAGAGGCCUCUGGAGCUCAAGGGAAUAACUACACAAGUUUUUUCCUUAUUUGUGCUUCUCUGUACCCAGUUCUGUGCUCCCCAGACCGCAGUAGGAUCUCUGGCUUUAAUGGUAAAGCACCCUUCCCACCUUAAGGCAGGGAACCAUGGGCACGGGCCUGUCAGGGGCCUGAUGGCUGGGCAUGUGUGUGACAUCCUACCAGCCCACUUCCCAUUACAUGGAACACUCUGUCAUACAGCUAAUGUGUUUAGCCAUGCCUUUUUGUUCAGCAGAUGUAGGGAAGCGAAGAGCUCUUCCUGAUCAGCAGAAAUAAUGGGAAUCCCCUGUCUUUUCUGUGGUCUCUCUCUGUCUCUGUUUCUCAGUAUUUCUCCACCAUUAAGCUCUAUUCGAGCUUUCAGUAACUUAGGGUAUUUUUCAUGGAAUCUGUCCUGAACUGCUGCGUCUGAUUAGCAGUGACAGGCUUGCCGAUAAAAGGCAGAAUGCUGACCUUGCGAUUCUGCACAGCAUUUUAAAGAAGCUGGAGGAAAACCCUUAUGGACAGAUUGCAAAUAGGAAUGCUUGACAGCAGUUCCCUUAAAAUUGGUGUACUUAGCAGUGAUUUUUUGACCUUCGCAUGGCAUUUUAGCUAAGGUCAGUGGGGAUUGACAGUCUCUCUCAAACAGAAGUUACUGUUCGUCUUUCCGCUGCAAGAAAAAUUAUUGUAACCAAUAGAAAAGAAUGUACAAAGCUUCCAAAGGAACAUCAAUAAUUAAUUUGUAGAUGUUUUAGUGAAAACUAAGAUGUUUACUGCAUGGACUGUAUUGAUUUACAGUGAAUAUUGAUGACAGUGACAGCUUUGAACUCUUUGGGCCACCAAAACUAGUAUGCAGGAGGAUUUAGAAACAUCACAUUCCUAUAAACCAAUUAUUUAUGAUAGCCGACCACAGGCUGUGGCUAUAGGAAGAGUUGCUUUUGAAAAGCAAGAAUGUCUAACAUUGAAAGUUUAUAGGUCUGUAUCUGGACCUUGAUAGGUGACGGGAAAAAAAACCCCCGAGGUUUUCCAAAAUUAGGACUAGCAGGCUCAUUUAUGUGAGAUUGAAACACUUAGCUACACCAUUGAAAACAGACAAAAUAAUAUUUACAAAAGUGCAAAAUUAUUUUUUAAUCUGCCCCUACCUACAUUCUAAACAACUUAAAUAUUUAUGAAAAGUAAACCCUGAGUGUUGGACAUUCGUACCUGCAAGUGUGGCUUUUCCAUUGGUUGAGCUGUGCCCGUCUGUUCACGUGGAAAAUACCUUUCCGCUGUUGGAAAGCUGUAUGUCUGUCUUCUUGCUGACUGACAUCAUGAUUAAAUGUAGUAGUGUCCUGAAUUUUGACAUCCGUUUAGAAUGUAAAUCUACAAUUUCAGAAAUGCUAUCUCUUCUUUGUAUUUGUUUCUGUUUAUUUUUAAGCUAACAUUCGCCCAUUCUAUCCAGUCUUAUGAAUGGUAGUAGUAAAAUCAUGGUAUCUUGGCCUAUCAUUUGUUUUUAAUCCUUUUGCCUUCCUCCUCCAAGCCAGGUUUGAAUUCACACCAUUAUAAAUGUCUAGCAGAGCUGUCCAACCUGCAGCCCAUGGGCUGCAGGCAGCCCAGGAUGGCUGUGAAUGUGGUCCAGCACAAAACCAUAAAUUUACUUAAAACAUUAUUAGAUUUUUUUUGUGAUUACAUGUCACAGUGUAUUUAAUGUGUGGCCCAAGAAAUGCCAAAAGGUUGAACACCCCUAGGUGCUAUGUGAGAGGAAAGUACGUGUUUACAUGUUUACGACAACUCUAACAAACACUGGCACAGAGGAAAAAAAGAGUCAGUCCAAAGAAUUUGAAAAACCCUUUAGAAGAGUGGAUCACAGAAUUUGACCUUUACCUAAAAUUUUUCUCUAUUUGUGGAUGCAAACAGUUCUGGAGCUUUAUAUAAUUAGCUAAUUCUUGAAUUGUGCUCUGGUUUGUAUCUCUCCCAUCUAAACAAACAAGAGAUUCUGCUUGUGGUAGCCAGUUAUGAAAACAGUUAAGACUUCCCUAAAAUUUGCAGGAAAUGGGCCAUUGAAAAGACCAUCUGUGACGCAACAAGGGAGAGGACAGAGGGACUUGGCUGAAUGGAACCCAGUCCUAGGGUAGCCCCACCCAACAGUAGGGAGGUCAGGAUUAGGAGCCCCACCUUAGUUUGAGAGCGAGGUCAAAAACCACUGGGUUCUGUUUCUGGAAGGAGAGGGGCACAGAUUCACCAAAGAUGAAACAGCGGAGUGUCUCUCACACAGUAGCCUGGGUUGGGUCAGAAGCCCAGGCUGACCUGCCCUGAAGCACUAGUAACUACAGGACUGUGUGUGCCUCUGAUGGUUGGUAACAUUGACAGAUGUCUAGUUGACAGUUACUUUUUAAAUUUUUAAUUAGGACCAAAGGAUAACAAGAUUUGGGUAGUCUAACAGCUUUUAAACAGCAGUAGACAUUGAAGCCAAAUUUGUUGCUAAAUUUGCACUAUGGUAAAUGGUGAUCUUUAAACAUUUAUUGCACUCUCGGUAAUUUGUCAUUUAAGAACACAUCGGGUGUUAACUCUGAUCUUAAUAUAAAACUGAGAAAAAGGCUGCAGUGAAUUUCUUGGGAACUUAAAAUUGAGUGUGGGAGUUGUAAUGACAAAUUCAAGGUCUGUGAUCCUUAUUAAUGUUUUGAAUGAAUUGUUUUCCUCUAUGUAGUGCUAUAGAUGAGCUAUAGGUUCUUUUUGCAUCGAUGUAGAUAAUUCCUCAAACACUUCCUGAGGACCUGUGCUGGAGUCUAGGGCUCUGUGCCACGUGCUGGGACUAUGAUACUAAAUCCAGGGAGGUGGGCUGUAUGGUGACUUGAGUGGGUGACACCCAGUGGCACUUGGAGGUAUUUUACAGAAGAGCUGAGCUGAGCCUGGACUGAGGUCUGAACAGGAGGCAGGCAGGUGAAGAGAACAAGGAGGCAUGGAUGCCCCUGGUGUAUUCGGGGAAACAUUCCGCAGUGACAUGCGGAUUGGUGAAAAACCAAUCGAUAGGAUUUAGACUUUAUUUAAUUUCUCUGCUCUAUAAUGUUUCUCUCUUCUUCCUUCUUCUAGUGGUUUCUUUAUCUGUUCUAGUGAUGCCUUAUUUGAAACUGGGCUUAAAAACUGCAAAAGGAAGAAAUUGGGUCUAGGAAACUUUUAGGCUCUGAAGUAAUCUGGCUUUUUUCUUUGUGUAAAGAUUUUUGAUAAUCAUGAAUGGAAUCAUUAAUUUGAGUGCUAAUAACAUGAAUGAAAAUUAUAAUGGAACAGGCCAAAAUAACACACCAGCUGAUUUAUCAUGGCCUACUAAUAAAGUAAAAUACUAUUGAAAUACUGUAAGUUAAAGGUAUGUUUUAGUUUUUAAAAAAUGCAUAGUAGUAAUUGGAAAUGGAGAAUUUAGAUGUGGGAGUGGGGGAGAUUUAUUUUUAUAAGGUAAUUUUUAUCCUGACAAGGACUAUUUUUAAAGGGUUUUGCACUUUAAAGUAAACAUGUUGAAUACAGUUAGAAAAGUUAAAUAAGCAUUAUACUAAAUCAUGAGGUUUAUUUGGUGUGUAUUUUCUUUUUCUCUCAAUGAUGUAAGUGGGAAGGAGAUAUUUAAUUUUGAAAACUCAAAUAAUGAAGGACACCAAAUGCCUUCACUGGAGAUACCAUGUGUACAAGUCUGGAACCAUGUAUAAACCUUUCUUGGACUUGAAUUAUGAGUGUGAAAAAGGCUGAAUAAUUACAAUCUUAUUACAAAACACUAAUGACUACAUUUCUAACUGAAAGCUUUUCGGUUGGCAAACAGACAAGCAGCCUAAGCCAGAAAGGAUUUUUAACUGCAGGUUUAAUAAAUUUAUUUUAAGGUGUUCUCUUCCCCCCACCACCAAAUUCUCCCUCCCUAGAAUAAUGACAUAAUAGUUGAAGUCAAAUAGCUGUUGUCUUUUAAUUCAAAUCAGUUGGGAAAUUAUUGUUUGAAUUCUGAUGCUGCCAUGAUUUCUCAAAAAUCAGUGUGACAAGUCUAUAUAGAAUGCUACCCUUUUUUGUCUCUUCUGCAAUUUUAUAUACAAAGUGAGACAAUAUCAGGGUAACACAUGAAUGAACUCAAAUUCUGAGUCUUAUCUAUUUACUAAAAAUGUAUACUGCCUUUUUUUUUUCAACUAUUCAAGACCAGUGUCUUGAACAUGUUUUAUAGGAACAUGUUUUAUAUCACAUGUGUCUUUUCUAAUCGAAGCAAGUGCCUUGAUGCUGUUCCACAUAAAUCGUGUUUCACCCUCUGAGGGAUGAGGAUGAGUUGUUGCCGACUGCAGCCUGUUACAGGAGAGGGAGGGCUGGUUCGCAGCAGAUCCCUUUCUUCUGGAAGGACAUGUUCAUGACGCUUAUUACCUAAGAUCCUGUAUGUGUUGAGAUCUGGAGAUGUUAUUUCUUUCGUUUGCCAAUAAAUUGUUAUGCUAAUAAAA